AUGAAAUAUAACAGUAUAUGGUUCAAAGUUCUUACGCUUUCCCAUAACGGUAACGGCUCCUACGCUGUUGUGUUAGGUACAGAGCUUCAGAAAGUGGUAGGAGAUGGAAUGGAAAUGCGACGGAAAAGUGUGAAGUGGAGGGAAUCGAGAGGAACGGAAUUGGGUGAGGAGUAUGAGAGGAAUAGGUAG